GGUUGUGAGCCACUUUUGAUCAGGCAGUUCCAGGCGCUUCUUCUUCUUCUUCUUCGACUUCGGAAGCAUCGGCAAGCGGAUACUGCGUAGGCGACGGUGAUCGAGCAGGGAGCCAUGGGGACGGCGACGUUCGUGGAAGUGCUCCUCGCCAUCUUGCUGCCGCCGGUCGGCGUCUUCCUGCGCUACGGCUGCGGCGUGGAGUUCUGGCUCGACCUGCUGCUGACAAUACUGGGGUACAUCCCGGGGAUCAUCUACGCGCUGUACGUGCUGGUGGCGUGAGGGCCGGCCGGGGUUGCAGCUGCAGAGGCAGCCUUGCAGAGAGUACUAUUACGAAUUGUGUAGCUAGCUUGUUCCUGUGUCUCGGUGACGUGGAUUCAGUCAGUGUGGCGACAAGCCUGGUCCCUGGAGGGGUUGGGAGGUGUUCUGUACCGUACUCCAAGCGAAGUGUAGUAGGCUCGGGCAUUGUGCGUCGUUUCUUUCUUCGAUCGCAACGCAGCAUUGCAACUGCUGUAAUGUACUGUGAAAAUUGGGUGUACUGAUUUAUGAAUUAUCGCGGUUGCUUAUGGUGUGCUUA